AUGGAUUCCGUGACCACGGAUGAGAAGCCCAAACCGACAGCUUCGUACUCUGCUCCACAUCCACCCCCUCCCUCAUCCUCCUCGCUCCCGCCACAGCUCCAGCAGCCUCAGCAGCCACCAUCACGCCCGCUGCCUCCGCCAGAGUCUCCCAAUACCUUGCCCCCUCCCUGGAGCCGUCCAUAUCCCCCCUUUGAAGGCGCAAAUGCUGCUGACCAGCGCGGCCCAUCCGCUUUCACCGGUCCGCCUCGAGAAGCAUCGCAUCACCCGCAUGACAUGUAUUCCCGACCCAGUGCUCUCUCCGGGCCCUCCAGAACACCGUCCGAUCCUGCCUUUCGUCCCAUAAACGGUAACUCCCACGAAGGCUCCACCAGUCUUCCGCCCACGCCCACGGCUGAAUACCGUCCGCCCUAUUCAUAUGGCCAGUCCAACGAAACCCACGGGAACUGCGAGCCACCCCGCGGUCUGCAGAUGAUGCCUCCGCCUACGGCGCCCGAGAAUAUGCAGCCAAUUCCGCUACAUCGACCGUACGGCCCGGGCACACCGUUGCCUCAUGCCCCUACCGCGUACGACGCAAGCUACUUCUUCAGCCAGACGGCCGGACCCUACAACCAGCGGCAAGGGCAGGGGCGGAGGACCACGCGAGCUCAGCAGGCCUGCGAUCAGUGUCGUGCUCGGAAAGCCAAAUGUGACGAAGGACGGCCAUCUUGUGGGAACUGCAAAGGAGGCAAUUCUCCAUGUGUCUAUAAGGAUGUUCCUCCUCACAAGCAUGAGCGCUCGACCCAGAUAAUAUUAGAGAGGCUCCAGCAAAUUGACGAUCGGUUCGAAAAAUUUGAUAGUCCUGACAAGAUGGACGACGUGAUUCGACUAUUGACUGCCCAAAACGAGAAACUGGAUGCUCUGAUGGGAAAUUCUUCCCAGACGAUAUCUUCCAACUCCAUUGCUGAACCCGAAUCAAAACAACCCCUCUACCACGCCACACCGCCACAACAGCAAAAGGGAUCGGAAACUGAGCCAGCAAAGCUUCCAGUGCCAGACAAAGUGGCAAACGACAUUGUCAAACAAGAGCAAGGGGACACGCAGCCUGUGGGGGAUGACGAGCUGUCCAUCCCCAUCGAACACACAACUGCCGCCCACAAGCUCCUCUUGUGGCCAUCAAUACGAGCACUCAUACCUGACAGGAUAGAUGACGAUUAUGUUAUGAAACUCGAAGAGGCGCGCGGCCCCAUUCGUCCCUACGGACGGGGCGAGGGAUGCGGUAGCAUCCGCACCAGCGCAUAUCCUCUGAGUCCGAUUGUUAGUUCGUCCAGCCCGCGUGAUGAAGAUAUGUUCCAAUUCUGCGGCUCAGGGUGGGGAACGGGUUUCGAAAUAUACCAGGGAAAUUAUUCGUCCAGGGUUCCAAAGGAACGACAGGUUGGAGGGCUCAACAGUGCGGGCGCGCUUGACCUUGAUGUGGAUGUUGUACAUGCAUAUUUCAAAAGCUAUAUGGAAAACAUGCACAUUCUGCAUCCGUUUCUCCGAGCUUCAGACCUUGCUAAUAUGAUCAGAGACUUUGUUCAGGCAUAUAGCCCUCAAAAAAGGGCGCCGUUUAAUACUCCCCACUUUGGUCAUAUUGGUGCUGGUGACCAUACAAUUUUGAACAGGGCCCCGAAGCGCAAACGAUCUGUUGAUGUUGCAACUGGCUACAAUGAACUUGAAUCUCCCGGUUCUGACCACAGCGCAAGCGGCGGUUGCCCGCCCAUCCAACGUUCCAUGGACAAUGCGAUUGUGCUUCUCGUUCUAGCCCUUGGCGCCAUCUGUUCCUGGAAAGGUGAUCUCCCCGGCCCCAUCCCUGAUCCGCCAUCAAAAUUAUCAUACGUGACAUCCGCCGCGUCUCCUAUAACGGUUGAGCCCGCUAUUCAGCCUCCAAACUCUUUCCGUUCGCCCACCAGCCGCUCUCCAAACAAUAUCCAGCAUUGGAGACGAUCCGGUAGUUAUUCUGGGAGCGAUAUUUCCGAUCCUAACCUGCGGAAUAUGGACGUCAUCCCCGGAAUGGCGUAUUACGCUCUUGCAUCUGACAUUCUGGGUAACCUCCAGGGUGGGAAUGACUUGGCUCAUGCGCAGGGAUGUCUACUUGCUGCGCUUUACACUGGGCAACUGGCUCAUCCGUUCGUCAGCCAUGGAUGGAUUAGCCAGGCAGCCAGAGCUUGUCUAGUUCUGGUCAGACCACGGAGUUUCGAGGUAAUGCCUGACGGAGCGCGCAAGGAUUUGAUUACUUUUGCGUUUUGGACCUGCCUGCAGCUCGAAAGUGAUAUCCUAGCAGAACUUGACCUUCCCGCCAGUGGCAUUAGUCGGCUAGAAGGAUGGAUGGAGUUCCCCAAGGCUGUGUUCGCGCAUUCGAUCCCGAAUGAGAUCGAAGCACCGGGUACGCUUAUGAUGAUGUAUUAUUCGGCUCAGAUUCAUUUGAGAAAGGUUUUGAAUUCCGUGCAUACCCAUUUAUAUAAAGCAGAAAAGACAAGCCGUGGGCAAAAGGGAGCAAAAUGGACGACCAGUGUCCACCAGGCCUUGAGUUCAAUGCUCGAGUCCUGGCGGUCCGGUCUGCCAGGAGCCAUGCAAUGGCAUGAUUCGGACGAGCCCGCCAGUGACAUCAACAUAGCCAGAAUGCGCGGAAAAUAUUACGGGGCCAGAUACAUUAUCCACCGACCGCUACUGCAUCACGCUCUACACCCAAUGAUACCCAAACCACACAACACCGGUCCUGCAGAAUCACCGGCGCCGUCCGUCGCGUCGAGUGCGAAUUCGCAAAUAUCGCCGGCUCUAACGCAUGUGCAGCAGGUUGAAACUAUUGAUCGAUGGCCGGGAGACAUGCCUCCACCUCCUCGGAUAACCACUAGUCAAGAUCCGCCGUUUGAAAGGGACCUAGAUCCCAAAUUACACUCAGCAUGUGUGACGUGCAUCGAAGCGGCGAUGCAGAGCACCAUUGCAUUUGAUAAUGUAGAGGGGCGCCCGAUUGUGACCAACAUUUUUGGAACUGCUCAUGCGCAAUUUGGAAAUAUUCUCGUUCUCGCAGCAACGUACACUUCCCGCCUUUCGAACUUCGUGGACCGAGAAAGGCUCAGACAACUGAUCGACCGCACGAUUAAAUUCUUGCUCCGCAACCGUCAUAUCUCUCCCAGUCUACGGAGGGAUGCGGAAAUUCUCACUCAGAUUCGCCAAAAGUUGUUCGAACAACCGCCGCACACCACCAGUUUUUCGUCUAACGACGGAUGA